ACUGUAAAAGAAAACCAAAAGAAGCAAACCCUUAUAAAAUAAUUAAACCAUAAAGAUAAUCUCUUCUCUACUUCAUAUAUAGUUUAUACCCAAUAAAGAAAAACCUGCCAUAAACCAGGCUUCCUCUUGAUCAACCUCUAAUAAUUAAGCUAUUCUGAUCCAGCUAGCUCUUACAUACCUAAAAAAACAUACUCUUAAUAACCAAGUCUUAAUUCAAAGUUACCCUUUCCUUUUUGUUUGGUUAUAAAAAGAAAUAUCAUUCAGCCCAUUUUUGACCUCAAAAAGCUCUUCUCGAUACCCCAUCUAUACCAGCUUUUUUCUUUCUGUUUCAUCAGUUUCAUAGAUAUAUUACUUUCAAAACAGACCUCUUUUUGUUUCUUCUUCUCAUAAUUUUUUUGUCUUAAAUCAUCUAAAGUUGAACUGUCCUUUUCUUUGAUUCGUUUUGCCCCAAAAAUAAUUUCUAUUGGAUCGUCUCCCUAUGUCAAGGCAUAUGGCCAUUUUUGGCAUGUACAAGGUGUCUGAUUCUAUAAAACCAUGUAGAUUAAGAUGUCUUAAAUAUUAGUUUACACUAUCUUACACUUAGUCUAAUUACUUAUUUUUAGGUGGCCCCAAAAUACUAAGGAAUAGUAGUAUAAAAUAAAUAGAAUCUCCAAAAUUAGGAUGUAUUUUUGCUCCGCUCGAGCAAAACACCCACUAUGAAUACUCAUACAUGUAGCUAAGUACGUACUACACUCCUUCAGUCUGGUCUUUUUCCAUCUCUGAUUUUCCUCCUUUUUCCUUUACCUUCAUUGUUAUACUUAUACCUAAACAUUAAACCUUAAAAAUGAUGCAAUUCACACAAAUCCCACAGUUCCCAUCUCAAAACCAAUUACCUCUCUAUCAAACAACAACCAUGAUGAACAGAAUCAGACCUUGGCCUGGUUUUCCCACAUCAAAAGCCUCUUUAUCCCCAUCAAAUAACCAUAAUUUAGGAGAUGCUAAUUGUAUGGAACAACUUUUAAUACAUUGUGCUCAAGCAAUCGAAAACAAUGAUGCAACUCCUACCCAGCAAAUCCUUUGGGUUCUCAAUAACAUCGCACCACCUGAUGGUGACUCCAAUCAGAGACUUACCUGUGCCUUCCUUCGUGCACUUAUUCUUCGUGCUGCUCGAACCCCUGCUUGCAAGUUUAUUCUCAACUCUUCUAAUAAUAAUACUAUUUGUGGAUUUAAUCAAGUUAUUCACAAGUUUUCUCUUUUAGAUUUGGCUAAUUUUGUGCAUUUAACUCCUUGGCAUCGAUUCGGGUUCACUGCGGCUAACUCGGUCAUACUUGAAGCUACAGAGGAUCGCACUGCGAUCCACAUCGUGGAUCUCAGUGUGACCCACUGUAUGCAAAUCCCGACUCUGAUAGACUCAAUUUCUAAUCGUUAUCAGGGAAGGCAGCCCCCCACGGUUAGACUGACCGUGGGGGCGCUAACCCAAGAGAUACCCCCUAUGUUUGAUUUGGUUUCUUAUGAUGAUCUUGGUAUUAAGCUUAUAAAUUUUGCCCGGUCUAGGGGGAUAGUGCUGGAGUUUAAGGCAAUUCCGACUACCCCCUUGGACGGGUUUGCCUCUGUCCUGGACGAAGUCAGGACGAGGCAGGAACAAAUGAAAUACCUGUAUAUAAACCAAAAUCAAAACUACGAAGAGGAAGAAUCUUUAGUAAUAAAUUGUCAAAUGACGGUUCAUUACUUGAAUCAUGAUGCCGACUUUGAGGACCAUAACCUAAACGGGCUCAUGUCAAUGAGGACUAUGUUUUUCAAAGCGUUACGAAGUUUAGACCCAACAAUAGUGGUCAUAGUCGAGGAAGACGUUGAUUUUACGUCUAGGAAUUUGGUUGGAAGAUUGAGGUCAGCUUUGAAUUAUUUUUGGAUACCGUUUGAUACGGUAGAUACGUUUUUGCCUAGGGAAAGUAAGCAAAGGGAAUGGUAUGAGGCGGAUAUAUGUUGGAAGAUUGAGAAUAUAAUUUCUAAUGAUGGGGAUCAAAGGGUGGAGAGGCAAGAGCCGAGGGCGCAAUGGGCGCAACGGAUGAUGGAGGCGGAGUUUAGAAGAGUCGGAUUUGUGGCAGACGCCAUGGGUGAAGUGAAAACUAUGCUAGAAGAGCAUGCUACUGGUUGGGGAUCUAAGAAAGAAGAGGAAGAUCUUGUUCUUACUUGGAAAGGUCAUAAUGUUGUUUUUGCUACUGCUUUAGUACCUUCUUAGAUCAUGUUAAUUCCUACUAUGGUAUUGUUUUGAUCAAUGAAUGAAUCAUCGUGUGUUUAAUUAGAAUGAUAUUAUGGUAUAAGCAAAUUAAUAUUGUUAAUUUUUGUCAAGUGCCUCUAUUAUUCACGUUUUC